ACGGAAUUGUCCGAAAGAAAGAAGAAGACGAGCAAGCAGUGAGCGAACAGGCAUAGUGGCAGAGAACAGCUCUGAGCAGACUGAAAUGUCGAUAGGAACGCCUGCAAGCACUGGCCGAACGUGGGAAGGACCGCAAAUAGCUGCCGAGGACGCCGCCGUUGUGCAAACGCUGAAGCAGCGUCCAGCGUGGGUCCGGUUCUUGCUCCCGGCGAGGCCUCGAAAUGCCCUCGUUCGGACUCUUCAACUGGUCAUCGCCAUGCAAGUGCUGUACCUGGUCAAAGAAGGCGCCAUUUCCAUCCUGUCGAGUCGAAGCUCCUCCGCUGUGUUGCAGGGCUACGCGCAGCAGGAAAGGAGGAAGCUUACGCGCCUGGUUUGAGUUGCGGUACCGAAUGAUCCUGUACAACAAAACUCGCUGGCUGCCUUCCCUAGAGUGGUCACACUUUAGGAAGACUCUUGGCGAGAACAUCACCGCGUCCCAGGCGCGCUCGCUGAACCGGACACUGGUCAACAUGAACAUGGCCGGUCUGUCAAUGCUAAACGUGCGCGCCGGAGUCAGAGACCUGAGGCCGCUGAGCAGGUCAUUGGCCACCUUGGCAGGUGCGAACCCAGGCAUGUUCCUGGCCCUCGGCCUCCGCCUGUUGGGACUCGUGGACAGCACGGCCACCAGACUCGUGCCCGCUGAACUCCUGGACGCCCUGUUGACACCCCUGAGCCUGUUUGUGCUUGAGACCCACCUGCCUGUACCGGAAAGGAAGUGCGUAACCGCGCCUCUGAUGCCCCUGUUUCCCUACGCCAGCCAGAAGCGCCACACGCUCACGUUCCGCGGCGUAAAAGCGUUCUUCUCCCAGCCGGUCAUCAGGCUCAUCCAUCCCAAUGCCACGGUACGUUGCGUGUCGCUUCUGGCCGGAGCCGUGCGGUUCCGUCUGGUUGCCGACGCACGCUAUGUCGGCAACGCCUCGAGUACCGUCGCGCCGACCAAGCCUGGGCGCUCCUCUUGGCCUCGUCACGUGCACGUGCCGGGCGAGCCGUGCUACUCGUGGUCCGUGGUCCCGGCGCAGUUCGCCUGCCUUCAGAGCCACGUGGCACACAUUGCCGACGCGCCCGCCUGGUACGCCAGCUCGGAAAGCAGCUUCUUCGCCUUCGACACGCAGGAGACCUUCGUUCGCAAGGCUCAACACGUCCUGACGGAGCACCUCGAAUCCGAGAUGCCGACGUGCCUGGCGUUGUACUCGGUUGACCUGGAGGCACCGAGGGUAGCGUGCCCCGACAUCUUGGGCCGCUAUCAGGCGCUGGCCCUUCAUGCCCUGGAUGUGCUCAGACUUCUCCGCCCUUCUCAGUUUAGAGGAGCCUCCGUUUUCUGGAGCCUCUAAUGUUUUUCUUUCUUUUAUUAUUAUUAUUAUACUUUUCGUUUUUCUCUGUGCGCGGUGGCCUGUACAGUUCGACUCCGCCGAUCACCCACCCCGGCAGACGUGGUGUUCGAGAGAUUUUCUUGCGCUACCCAAAAGUGCCAUAGUCAUUACAGAGGGGAGAGGGGUACAUACGUUGUCGGAGUAUACUUUGGUUGUACAUACGUCCUGUUUUCUCUAUCGAUCAUACGAUACAGUGCUGUAGGUUUCUUUUUAUAACAUUCCCGUGUCCUGUUCAAUUUUUUUCUAUAUCUAGAGGUGCCCAUGUUAAUCUGUCGAGAAGACGGAUCUUGUAAGCGAAGUGUUUAUUUGUUAGGGGUGAAUUUGAAACUGCUAAAAUGAAUUGUAUCAGUGUGUCAGUCUCAAGCGAUAAGCGGCUCCUGGGUACUUGUCAAGCCGCUGCGAUACUUUUAGCCCUAGGGAUCGUUCAGCUCAUGGAAGAAAUAAAAGCGAUCCAAUACAUCAAAGCACAUGAUCACUAGGUUCUUUCGAUGACUGUUCAUGUAAUAAUCGCUGGAAUAUAAUAAACGCACUAUAAACGCUGAAAUAAAUAACAUCGAGCAAUGUCAUAUUUAACAACUGAAAAUGAAUUUGGAUGAAGACUCUUCGAUUAGUUGCAUGGCAAUAGAGUAUUAUCUAAAAAGCUAUGAGAAACUAGCAAUGGCUGACAUGUAGCCGACGUGGCUGAUACGGAAAGGUGCUGUGCGGUGUUUAGGCUGUGCUCUAGCAAUGGUCACGUGUCGCUUUUAAGCGUGUGCUCCUCAGAGCAGCGCUCCUUUUUUGUGUGUUGCGUGAAUGUGUGUACCCUAAUGGGUUCACGUGUAAGGCGGUAGGCCACACACACACACAAAAAAAAUUAAAUUGGAAGCCAGAAUUUAUAUAACUCUCUUAUCCUGAAUAAGCAUGUCUUAUUUAAUUUAUUCGACUAUUUAAAGGGCAGAAAAUAUUUUCUUUAUUUUUUAACAGAUAACUUUUGUCACAAACUGUGGCAAAAGUCCUAGUUCUCCAGCAGUGAUGAGUAACCCAUGAAUUGCUGAAUUGAGUAAAACUUUGACAUUUACAUAGCUAAGUGGGGGACAUAUGCAAUGAACUAGGAUAAAUGCAGUGUGAUGUAUAUUAAGGAAGUAAUUAGGAAUCAAUUUCUUUCGUUCCAGUUGGUUGUACACAUCUCUGUGAGGAAUGAGUGUGCAAAAUUUCAUUUCAAAAUAUUCAUUAAAAAAAAGUUAUCAAAGUUUGCGUAACAUGAGGUGGAGAAAAAGAUUGUUUUGAGAAAAACGUAAACAAUGUGAAAGGUGUCCAAACUACACAGAGUCCUAAAUUGCACCAGCUUCAUAGCUGGAGCUCACACUAGAGUCCGCUUUUGUUAGUGCUGCUUCUCGGCGACAACUUAAAAUGAAAAAAAAAAAAGUAUUUUGAAUUAAUUCUCAAUACGAGCGUAUGGGUUGGAAAACUCACUGUAACUUCCAAACUAAUGGGGGUAUAGGAGAUAACUCUUUGCAACAUGUUGCGGAUGGUUAGGCAUACAGAAAGAAGAAAAAAAAAACCCAAUCUUGUGUUUAAAAUUGACUUUUAUAGGUGGCCUACCACCUUAAGGUUACUGAAUUUGGACACGAAUGAGUUAUCAGUUUGUUACCA